GGGAGAAAAGCUUUUAAGUCCCAGGUGACUGCAAGCCUGACUCCAUGAUAAGCCUUUUAAGUGGGAGCCAGUCACGGUUUUGAGGAUAAGGUGAAAGUGAUCCCUGCUAGAAUCAAAGUUCACUGGACUGAUCCCACAUCACAACACUUCUCUCUCCAAAGUGACACACACACCCAGCCCUGAGUUAUCCAGACCGAUGGGCGCUUGCCCCAGAUGAAAAAUCAAGUGUUGAGCAGUUCAGGUGAUGAGUCCUCCUCCUCGCAAGGUUGAGGUUAGAAGUGAAAUACUGUUUGUAUUCUCUCAUCUCAGGGUUUGAGAAUAAUUGUACCAACUGCUGGCUCUGCUUACCAUGCAGUCACAAAGUCAGCUGGCAUGGAGGAAAGGACGCCUAGGAGACAGGGUGCAUCCCACUCUGUCAUGCCAUGAAGAGCUUGCCCAACUUUGCAGCAUCAUUUCUCCCAGCAUGAUUUCAAUGUGGGCUAGCAGAAUUCCAUGUUAUGCUGUUCCUGUUUUACCUGUGUGCAAUGCUCAGCCAAAGAAGGUUGGCUGGGUGGUAGCAGAGCUCUCCAUGGGCAAAAUCUGGGAAGGGAGAAGGUGACUGCAGAGCUGUGUUUUUCUCCAGAGAGCUCCAAUUCCUGGUUAAAUAGAGAGUUGCUUCUAAAGCAGAUCAGAGCAGGGUUGUUUUGCAGAUCUGGCUGGAGAUGUUUAUCCCUCAGGCUGGGAAAUGCUGGAGACAUAACCCAUAUCCCAGAAAGGGAAGAAAGGCUGUUUCUGUUCAAUCCCUCUUUAGUGAGGCUGUUUUGCAAAACGCAGCUAUUAAUUCCCUGCAAUAGGAAGUGCAGACCAAAGGAGCACAGAGUGUUUAUUUCCAGUUAUUGAUAGCUCUAAGAAUGCCACAAAGAGCUUUCCCCCUUCUGUUCUGAAGAUGCAGGCAGUAACAGGAAACUAAAGCUCCCAUUAUGCUCCAUCAGGAGAAGGCAUUUCCUAUGCAGACAGGUACUCCAGAGCCAGCCUGACAGAAGCUCCUGCGUAUACUGGCUCACAGACCACACACAGCUCAUUCCCAGUCCUGUAAAAGAGGGGAAGAUAUGGGUCCUAAUGCUCCUUAUGGGGUCCUAAAUCUGCACUGAUUUCAGCCCUGCAUGUGCACUCUACCCUGCAGCCCUGUCACAGACAGUGGGGUGCAGGUUUCAAGUGCAUCCCGCUGCACCACCAUCAGCACAAAGUUGGUGUCUUCUUCCUCCUCGUGACCGGGGGCAGAUUCACACUAGUAUCACAGCCAAAUGGUACCAGCCAUGCUUCUAUUUUAGCCCAAGAGAUGCUGAGGUGGUUCCCUGCUCCUGAACAGCUGGUGCAAACCUAGAAAAGUGUUUGCUCUUCUCUUUGAGACUUCUCUCUCGAGGAAUGACUGUACACAGCCUGCUGGAGGGAAGCUGCUCAGAGACUAGGGGUGGCUGCACUCAACAUUCUCUGUUACAGAAGUAUCCCAGUUCUGAUUUUUAACAGGAGGCAGCUGUAGAGAAGCAGAAAAGUUUUAUGUGUAGCCCUGGGCGAUGGUUGAAACCACACCUAAUAGUCAGCACAGGCUGGUUUCCUGGCAGACACCACAACCCAGGUGCUCCUCAUCAGCACAGAGAUGAGUCUCUCAGUUGAGAAGAGGAUUUAAGGAGCAUUUCAACACCCUGCUGAAGGUUUCCUCCCCUGAGUACCCUACAGUGGCCAGCCCAUUGCCAUCUGCAGGAUGGGGCCACCUCAGGUUGUGCACUCUGCUCCCCUUACCCAGUGCAGCACUUCCUGCACAGCCCAGCUGUUCUUUUUUCUGCUAUCCCUUAAACAAUAGGGACAAUAAGGUGCUUGGAAGCUGUGAUGGGACACAAUGUCCCCAGGCAGCUUAGCUGGACCCACGCUCUGUGAGGGGUCUGCAGCUGCUAUGCACCCAGCAAAGCCUGCUGCUGUUAUUCUCUUGUCCAGCCCUCCACAUGCAAAUAGGCUUUCCAAAAGCAGAGCCUGGGACUUGCCCCCGGCUGCCAAAGCUGUGUCUGCCCCUGUAGGACACCAUCCUAUCACUGGGGUUCUUCCAUGAGGCAGGAAACACACAAGUGCUACCCAGUGAUCACUGCCUCACACCACAGAGAGAUCCUGGCUCUUACAUUAAAAGCCACGUUAAGGCAUUAUGUUAAGAUGUUAUGGCAUUAUUGUGCUCUUCCAGGAUGUGGCUCAAUUCUCUCCUGGCUAGGAACUGGCAGCAUUCAGCACACCACUAAAUCCACUGCCUGAGGUGUCUCAGUCUUGGUUACUGCCAAGUUUCCCCCAGUGCCAAGGGUUCAGGCACCCACUUGCCCAGAGGUGUUUAUUCUCCCUGCCAGGAUGAACAGGUCACACCACGAUCUUUCAUCAGCAGCUGCCGUCAGGGGAAAAGAGACAAGGAAUUUCUACCCACCUCAUGGGUGGGGAGAAAUUGUUUACCUUCUCAGACAGGGGAAUUGCCUGCACAGCUUCACAGCAAAGCCCUGUCUGGCUUGGCACAGCAGUCACAGCACAAUGAGAGCUUGGCUGUUACAAGCUUGUCCUGAGCUCGGGAUGUACAUCCUGAUCCAACCAGGCAGAACAUGACGUUCUACAUUUGGCUGUAAAAUGAGCUGGAAGCAUCCACAGGCCUCUGCCUGUAUCUGACACAGCUCUGAGGCCAGGAGGGAAUACACAUCCUGAGAGAUGCAGCAAGUGUCAUGGGAAAAGUCACUGUGCUCUCUCUGGACAUUUGACUUAAAUCCAUACAGCCAAAACUCUAGAGCUGGGCUCUUCCGCCACUAAAAAUAAAUGAGAAAGGCCAAGAAGUCAUCAUCUUUAAAGUCAAACCACAACUGGCCACAGCAGCAGCUAAACUCUCUUCACAGUGAGCUGACACCCAGGUGCAUGGCAGUCACCCUUCUUGCUGCCUGUGCUGGUCCCACUCAUGCUCAGCCCUCAAAGUGGACCGAGAUGGACAGAUGAUAUGGCAACUUGUCACAGCAGGAGAGGCAGGGGAUGGCAGAGCCUUGCACACACUUCGGAAGAUGUGAGGACAUUCCGUCCUCCAAGUGCCCCUCUUGCUUCAGGAGUUCUUGUGAAGGAAGCAAAGCCGGGACUGGAAACCAACCCACCUUGUACAGAGCAGAUGUCUUGAUUCUUGCCAGCAAGGAGUUCCCCCACCACCAUCCUACAGCCUGCACCUCGGAGGCAUGGCUGCUCCACUGGCAGCACUGCCCACAGACAGGAUGGUUUCUCCAUCAGCUUCCUUCAGGCUGAGGACCUGAGGGCUGCACCUGCCCAAAAAAAUGGUCACCACCACCCAGGUGGCUGAGUGGUCCCUGCUGUCCUGCCGGGGACACUGUGGAUGUACAGAUGCUCCCUGACUGCACAUGAGCUCCUUAACCAAGAUGACAGCCCAGGCUAUUGAUGGAGAUUAGCUGCUCUCCACAGGCACUUCAAGCAUUUCCUCUGUGCUCUGCCCAUUGUUUGUAAAACAAACAGCUCUCCCUGGCCCAGGAAGGCGCUUCUUACAGAGCCCCAGAGCUCAUUCACCCUGGGACAGAGCCUGAAAACACUUUUUCUGCAGCUUGCAGGGAACUGACAGCCUGUGUUAUGUCAAAAAUAGCAGCUGGAAAGGAGUUCCCAUUGUUUUAUGUAGUUGCUUUUCUGCCACAGCAAUGUGCACAGCAGAGCCUCUGGCGUCCUUGAUGAGGAUAUUAUUUGUCAUCUCUUCCUGACACCCCUCCUGCACCAGGCACCCCUUCUGUGCCCAGCCUCAGCUGGCAGAGACCUGGCAUCUCCCAGCCCAGCCACUUGUCCCUCACUGAUUCCUGGAUGGUCACUCAGCUGAGGGUUAGCAGCCCCUCACCAAUCUUCCUUUGCUGUUCACACACACAACCAAAUAAAAACCACACAGCAAGCAGAGCAGUGACUUUUCUGCUAAAAUCAAGGGGCCUACAGGUAUGUGACUAAAGGCAAAAAUCAGCUGGGCAUUAAGCACCGUGGGCUAUGUCCUGGUGCUUGGGAGUGCCUGGAUGCUCAGACCAUGAACACACAUGUACCACAGACUGAAGCUCACGUGGGUGUCAGCCUGGCUCCCAGGCAGCACUGCACUGCCCUGCCACAGCCCCAGGUCACACACAGGCUGGGAACACUCCCCAAGAGGACAAACCCAAGCAAAAGCUGAACAUUGUUCACUCUCACAAGCUAUUGCAAGCCUGAAAAUAAACCAACUCCAGUCUCCUAAGUUGCUGGUAAAGUACUUUCCCUUGAAAAUUACUUUAUAUGGAAAAAGGGAAACCUGCCACAAGCAAUGGACAUCCAGUCAUGUUAGCUGGCACGGCCUCAGCUGCUCCCUCCCACGUCAGUGCCCUGUGAGAGGCGGCAGCAGAUGGGAAGCGCGGGCAGCUCCCAGCCUUGCCCACUCCCAAAGCUGCCUGCAGCUUUCUGGCAGAUGCACAAGCCUCCUCUGUUACCUUCUUCUCAAGGCGUUUCUGGUCCUCCUGUAGCCUGUCUUUGAGGAAACUAAGGAGCCACAGCAGGCAGCGAGUGCUGGAUGCUGUGUCUGUUUGGAUGCUCCCCAGCAGACCCUGGAAAGGCUGCAAACACAAACACAGCUUUGGCCCAAGCCCUGCAGACUUGAGCCUUAGUCAGCUCACUGAGGAAGAGCCCUGGCCCACCAUCACUGUGCCAUGGAGAAACUCCUGCUUUCCACAGCACUGGGCUCAGCGUGGUGCACAGCACUGCCGCUGGAAAUCCCAGCCCUGGUGUUUUACCGUGGUUUGGGAACGCUGCCUCCAGAGACCUUGUGCCUUGAAAGGGACCACAAAGAUCAUCUACUUCCAUGAGCUAAAGCCUGGAAAGAAUGUGAAAACAGAGACAGAAAAAAAGGCAUGGCAGCAUUUAUGCAUGGAAAAGCAAGCAGGGCUUUCAAAAAUCCGACCUGAUUAGACUUGUUACGUGGUAAUCUCCUAUUUAGUUCUAACCUCAGUCAACCUCAGCCCAACAAAGGAUUAAACACAUUUUUUUAAAACACAGCAUGCCUUUCCAGCAACAGAAAAAACAAACAUAGGGUGGAAUUUGCUGAUCAGUAGUCAUUCUUUCCUAGUGAAUUUGGGUAUGCUGUGAUGAUUGAGAGUGAAGACACAGGUGAAAUACAGGAUCCUCCUGAGCAGUGAAGCUUCUGCAUAGUCCCUGGCAUACUGCUGCUCUCUAGGACUCCAACAAGUAAUAUAUUAAACAACUUCCAUAGUAACUUUCAGCACAGUAACCAUAAAAACUCAAGCUCCAAUGAACCAAAACCUUUUCAAAUAGUGGAAUGCCUUUUAAGGAGGAAUUUAUGACCUGUGCUACAAGUCCCCAAAGUUACACAUGAAUUUUAAAUCACCAGUAUUUUUGAACACUGAGAGCAAUGAACAGCAGUGUUGAGGAGUCAGUCAUGAAACACAAGGGUCCAGGAAGGCUGGAUGUGUUUUAAAAAAGGAAUUGUUAAAUAUUCAAGAGCAGACUGUCCACAAGUGUAGAAAAAGGGAAAAAGGGACCAGGGAAAAAGACCAGCCUCAUUAAACAGAGAAUUUAGGCCGGAAUUUAGGAAAAAAAAGGAGAAUCUAUCACCUCUAGAAGAAGGGUCAGGUAAUGUGGGAGGACUAUCAGGAUGUUGUGACGUCAUGUAGGGAGAAAAUUAGGAAGGCCAAAGCCCAACUAGAAUUUUAUUUGGCUGCUAUAGUUAAAGACAACAAAAAAAGUUUCCAUGUAUACAUUGGCAGCAAAAAGGAGGGCUGAGGAGUGGCCCAUCAUUGGCUGAAUGCAGAGGGUAGUGCAGUGACAGGGGAUGAGAAAAAGGCAGAGGCACUUAAUACCUUCUUUGUGUUAAAUAUCAGGGCCAGUUGUCCUCAGGAUACCCAUCUCCCAGAGCUGGAAGUUGAUGAUGGGGUGAUGAGCAAAGCCCCCAUAAUCCAUGAGGAAAUUAUUAGUGACUUUCUGUGCCAGUUGGACAUUCACAAAUCUGUGGGCCCUGAUGGGAUCCACCCCAGAGUGCUCUGUCACAGACUCUGAGGAUGCAGCACAACUAUGCUGGAAAGAUCCACCUACAAAAGCAAUGUUUUCCUUUGCAGUGGAAGCCAGCAGGUAGCAGGCCACUGCUGCAAGACCCCCACUCUCACCAGAUUUACAGGAGAAUCAGGGAACUCGGUUCAUUUCCAGCCAAGAUAACUUAGCAAAAACUUUUCUAAAUCUUUACCCAGCAAAGACAAAACCACUCAUGAAAUGUGUACAUUCUUCUAAAUCCCUUAAAAUCCAGAAAAGGAAGAAUGGAAGGAAAGAACUACAGCAAUCUGAACCUCUUGUUAACAAAUCUAGAAGAAUUUCUUGCAGAAUGUGCCUGGCUAUGAACUAUGUUUUGUGGUGUCUAGAGUUGGGGGCCUUUGUACUUAAGGCAGCUGUAUCAGGAGAAGAUGAGCUAAUCUCAGUGAUAACAGCAGUCUGCCAUUUCCCACAAGUUGUUUUUUUUUUCCCAAACUCCUGUUUUUGCUCUACUCUGGUGGUGGAUUAAAAAAAUAACACAAACCACCCUCAAAACUGAUAUUUCUGGCAAAGCCUCAACAGCUGAAUUUGGAUGGAAUGAGCCAACAGAUGUGAUUCAUGUUUCUUGUUUUGAAGUUGACCUGUGGGAACCUGGCACUUCUUUCUUUGCAGCACAGAUGAACAUUUAUGGAACAGUGAAGCAUCAGCAAAGCAAAACCACUGAUGGGGUAUACUGGCAGGAAUUUGGAGGGGAGAUAAAUCUGCCCCUAGGGCUGCCAGUCUCCACAAGAGCCUGGCAGUCACAAUCCUACAUCCAUCAGCCUGUUUUUUUAAACCCUGUGGACCGCCAAGAAACCUCAUACCCACCUUCUUCCAUACCCUAGAGCUGAUGUGUGGCACAUUAGCAAAAGAAACCCUUUCCAUGAGGGAUGCUGUCUGGGCUUUUGGAAAGCCAAAAAGAUACCUCUCUGAGAGGGCAGCACAGCUCCAGUGACUGGGAUCUCCUUGCUGGUGAGAUUUAGACAAGUUUAAUGCUGGUUACAGUCACUUGUAAAAUAAUCUCUUCUGGUUCUGCUGUUUAUCUGUGGGAGCCCUCACAAUCAUAAGGAAAAGCCCUGCAUGUUCCCAGUGCUGGAAAAACACUUUCAUGGAGCCACAGAGUUUUAAACCACACUCAGAUGAAUAGAAAAAAAAAGCAGAGUGCUUGGAACGCCAGCAAAUUUACCCUUCACACAGAGAGGCCCUGAGUUUCUACCCCCAGGAGGUCUUUGUAGGUAGGUACAAAGCAGCACCAGUUCCCCUGAGAGUGAAACACUGUCCUCUGAAGUCUGCUGAGAGCUGCUUUGUGGUACACUGCAUCUGAGCAAGUACAAGAGUUAGGCUUCCACCAAGAGAUGAGGGAGCAUAACACAAAGAGAAAGUCUUGACUGACAACAGAAAAACAACCUGGACACCCCAACCCUGCUGGAACAAGCAUUAGGGACUUCAAACCAUGUAAGAGACAACUUUGGCAGUAUUUCCAGCGGUCACGUCUCUCAAAGCAGGUAUUUGCUGGUAGCUAAUGAUAAGAAGGGCUCAGGGGUAUUUGUCCCUUCCUGCAUUGGUUAGGCAACAAGUCAGUGCCUGGUAUUUUUCAGCUUAGAGAUCAUCAUCAGGAAUCCUGAUAGCUUUUUUUUUUUUUAAUGGGGAUUGGCGCUUUGAGGUUGUUUUUCUGCCUGGCUUGAGCUGAGCCAUGCAGGCCUAAUUCUUUAUGCCAGCUGGCUUUGCAAGGCAGUGGGUACCACAGUCCUCCUGCCCCAGGUCCUAGCUGGCUGCAAACAGCCUCAGUGUGUGCACUGCAAAUUGAAUUUCAUCCUGCAUUCCUGAAGCCACCAACUCUUUAAGAGGCACUUCUGAACAUCUGUGCACGGCUGUGUGACAGCAGUGACAGAGGGCAGCUCCCCAGCUGUCAGAGCAGCCUCCCCUUCUGCCAAGGGGGCCACCAGAGGAGGCAGCCCAGACCGCCUGUACCUGCCCCACCAGCAGGUUUCUGCUUUGUGUCUGGACCUGCCCUGCCUGCAAGACCUGGAGGCAGACCUGAGCUGCAUCUUCAUGGGCAGAGAGCAAACAGACAAUCUGUUUAAAGGCAAUAUUGGAAAGCAGAUGGAAAACCUCAGAGCAUCCACCUCCUGCAUCCUCAGUGCUGCGAUUAGCUACAAAGAGGCUGUUGGGACACACAGGUAGAGAUGGGAUGUGGAUAGUGGUGCCCUGACAGGGAGCAGGGCAAACCCAGGGCCAGCUCUGAGUGCAAGCAUGAGGCAAAGCAGAAGCCCAGCCAGCAGGGAGCACCAUGGCAUCUCUGCCAGCUCCCCUAGAGCAAAAAGGCAGGCAGCUUUUUCUGCUGGCACAGCACCAAGAGCAGCCAGGCAGCUUCAAGGAGUUAGCAAUCAAGUAGGAGGCCUUUUUCCAGACAUCCCCAACAGUCCUGCCCACAUAAAACCCACUCCAGAAAGGACUAGCUGGACCACUCCAUCUCCCAAGUGCAGGUAGAGCAAGGGUUAUUUCUGCCCUUUCAAACUCUUCUCAACUGUGUCUUCCUCUGCCCUCCAGCAGGAAGUUUUGGUUAUGCAGAAUUACCUUUUUAUGCAUGGCUUCAUGAUUUCUGUACAAAACACAGACAUCACAUCUGAGAGGUCUGGGAAACAAUCAAGGACAAGGUCAAGGCAAAUUCUGCAGGGCUGAGAACAUGCUCAUUCCUUUUGCUAUUUAAUAUCAAAGAAAGAUCCAACAGGAUGUGCAAAAUGAGUCUUCCCCCCUCUAGCUCCACUUGAACAAAAAAAAAAUUUUAAAAAUCCCAAGAGCAAUCAAACACAGUUAGGACUCACUGCUGAAAACAUGUUUUUGGAUCUCUUCUUAGAUAACUGUCUGCUGCUCUCUCUUGGACUUGAAAGGAUGUGUGAGGGCAUGCAGACACCUCAGAGCCCAUCUACCACAAGCAGGAAGCCCAAGUGCUCUGUCACCCAAGGACUUCUUUUUGUGCAAAAACUGUCACAAAAAUGACUGAUCCCGCCUGUUUGUCUCAGGUCUCCCUGUGCUGGAUCCCACCCUGCACAGUGCCUUAAAGAGAUCACAUCUGUUUCUGGUGGGAAAUGGCAAAAACCAGAACUUCCACUAUUUGACUACCACAAUACUCAGGUCCUUCUACUAACCUAGAAAAGUGUCAUCUCCUCUCUGGAAAGAUACUGGAAAGUGUUCUAUCCUGUCAGGCUGAUUGGAUGGGUGUUCUUUCCUGUCAGUGUUUCAAAAUCCAUGUGAAGAUUACAACUCCCCGCAAUUCCCACCCAAUGCUCCUAACUACCUGGAGGCCCUGAGGGAUAGAGAAAUACUUCCAGCUGUCUAGCAGGGGUGUUGGGCAAAUCCCUGCCUCUGCUGCAAGCCACAGAGCAUAUCACCAGAAGGCCCUCAGCACAAGGAAGGUUCAUGCAGCUGAGGGAAAUCUCUGCAGGGUCAGUUGUGACACCACUGCUGAGCAGCCCAGGUCCAUCCUGCUCCCUUCCCUGACAUGCUGGGUCAGAGCUCUCCCAGCAGCAGAAGCCAAAAGAAGAAUGGGUCCCCUGAAUGAUGGAGGACAGAACAUUUUGCCAGUUGCUCUGCACCACAUGCUCCAGUGAAAUUCCUGAACAGGUAACAGCCCACAAAGGUGUCUUGAUGCAGAUCUGCCCACCUGAAGAGACCUUCUCCAAGGAAAGGAUGCAGUUUGUGUGUGGAAUGGCUGUCCCACUCUCAGACCCUUCCUCAGCGAAGCUGCUGCUGUGAGGAUCACAGGACAGAAAACCUGUUGGAGGCUGGAAGGUCAGUCCUUCCUGCCAGUGGCUGAUGUUUGCAUUUACCUCAUCAAACUCUGUCUCCAUAGUCUGGACCAAAGCCCCACCAGGUCAAACCAGCAUCCAGUCUGGGAGAGAAACCAGGAAGCACAGCCAAGGGUUGGGACAGUAUCUUACAAGUAUCAAUACCUGCUUUGCAAUGAACUUUCAUGUUACUUUGGGCAAGACAAGUGAGAACACAGCCUUCUUCUCAAGUGCACACCUGAAGCAUGACGUCUUUCAAACCCAUCUGCUCACUUGUCUGGGCUGGCAGAGCCAAGAAGCAGCACACAUUUUAGGACUCCUGAGGCCACUGGGCAGGAAAGGCUCUUUCCAAAUACUGGACACAGGCAGAGACUGAGGCCAUUCUCAUCUCAUUCCAUAUUGUCCUGAAGGCUGAAAUUCCUUCCCUCCAGGAGUUAAUAAUGUACCACACUGUUUCUGGCUAAUAUGUAAGCCUAAUGCUUUGGACAAGGUUUGUGAAAAGCCACACAGGGCAUUUAAUGGGCAACGUCAAAGCGCAUAACCCAAUCCUCAGCCAGUCUUUCCUGCCUGCCUUGGGAGUUUCAGAAACAUUUUUUUGCAAAAUACUUGGCCUCAGUUAUGAGAAGCAAGAGAAGGAGGAGGUGGAGGUUGUGACCUGCAGAUACUGUGUUUAUGAGAACACUCCUCCACUAAAACAGCACUGGCGCUGCAAUCUUGUCCUUGAGAUGUUUAGUAUAUGAUUUGCAUGCGAUGUCUUACUCCUCCCUCCCGCCCAGCAAAAACUACUCUCAGAGGCCAGAAUUUCUAGUAGAGGCUCCAUAGCAGAACAAUUUCUUCCCUGAGCACCAUCUCUAAGAAAAAGUUUGGGAUGAAUCAAGCUCCUGGUUGAAAAUGCUCAGCCCAAAUGGCAAGCUUCAGGCAAAGCAUGAAAAGUGAGGGAGUGUAGUUCCAGCACCGCUGGAAGCCAACAGCGAGCGCCCAAGCUCCUCUGCGUUUCUGCGCCUGGUCCCAAGAGUUACUCCAAGUUUAGGCAGCGCCAUCCGACUGGGACUCUCCAGUCCAUUUAAGGAUGGACACGGGCAAGUCACUCUCCGAAGUGAAUAAUAAAGUCAAAAAGCGCAUUCUGCACAUGGAAGACCCCGGCAUCCCACCCGGGCAGCAGCAGCAGGCUGAGGAGAGCCGGGAGCCCACCGGAGCCUACUAGCCCCCGCCUUUUCACUGCAGGAGUCAGAGUUUCCCAGCUCCGGGCUCCCAGAGAGCGCACAGUCGCAGAGGAAUGAGGAGGUGCACUGCUCAAACCAUGAUGCAACACAUAAGCUCAUUCUCUCCCCUAACGGGAAGCUUUCUGAACAUUGGGCUAAAGCUUCAGGAAACUGCCCCAAGACAAGGCUGGUGAAAGAACUGGAAAACCGAAUUAUUGUUCAAAUAGCAUGUGGGGACCAGCAUGCCAUGGCAUUAUCCAGAGGGGGUGAGCUCUUCACCUGGGGCCAGAACACCCACGGACAGCUUGGAGUGGGGAGCCAAACCACGCUUACUCCUGAACCACAGCUGGUGGAAAGACUAAAGGGCAUCCCACUUGCUCAAAUUGCUGCUGGAGGAGCUCAUAGCACCACUGUGUCACUCUCUGGAGCUGUGUACUCCUGGGGAAAGAACAGUUUUGGACAGCUGGGACUCGGAGACACAAAAGACAGGGACUGUCCAACAUAUGUUGUAGCUUUAGAGCACUGGAAGACUGUAUUUAUCUCAUGUGGAGCAGAUCAUACUGCAGUUCUCUCCAAGGAGGGGCUGGUGUGCACCUUUGGAGCAGGAGGAUCUGGCCAGCUGGGUCACAACUCCACCCAGAAUGAACUCCUGCCUCGUGUGGUGGCUGAGCUGUGGGGAGCAAGGGUUUCAUGCAUUGCCUGUGGCAGACAACACACCCUGGUCUAUGUCCGUUCCUUGGACAAAUUCUAUUUCUUUGGUUCUGAUGGUGAAGGACAACUGGAAGAUGAGAGGAAGCCCAGUCAGUUGAUACCACUUCCCAUCAAUUCACCAGUGAAUACUGGAGAAUCCUGCCAGAAAAAGGGUGCUUCAGAAAAGGGGAUUAAAAUUACUAAAGCAGUACUACAAAGUUUUGCCCGUUGCAAGGAGAACAAGAAUUUGUAUUUGAAUGGAAUUGCCACUCUGGAGGAUAAAGAAGUGGAUGCAUGGAUUUCUAAUUCUAAAUGUUUUAGGAGUAUAAAAAGGGCUAUCAGACUGAUCUUUUCAUCUGAGGCUUGCAUCAAUGGAAGCUUCCUGGACAAAAGGGACAAACAUUUCAAAACUUCCAAAGAGGUCUCAGGCAUAGACAUGUCAGAAGUGAAACGUUUUUAUGAGAAGAUCAGUAAAAAACAAAGAGUCUACGAGGAGGUGCAAAUGGGGAUUAGGAACUUAAUGCCAUCAUUGUCUUCCUCUCCCAUCUCACCUGAAAAUUUCAGAGUCUACUUGAUCCUGCCUUUCCUUCUAACGGAGAAGGAUGAAUUCUCUGUGCUUUCUCUGAUUGUUCUGGCUGAAGCCAUCAUGAAGCUCCAGCCAGAAGGCCUGCAAACUCUUGAAUGUCUAUGGUCAAAUCUAGAAACAUCCUUUUUCAAGGAGCUGGUCAUUCUGUAUCAGAGGGCUUCCCAGGAAGUUCUGUUCUCAUUUGUCCAGGACUUCAAAGCCACGGGGCCAAGCCGCCUCUUCAACCUGAACCCGUUUGAAACUGGGCCUCUGCAAAUAUUGCAGAUGCUUUACCAGGUGAACUCCAGAACUGGUUUUGGAGUACAUGAAAGCAUCUUCCAUGUACAUGUGAUGAGAGAGAUUAUCAACAUAUGUUCAUUCUUCAAUAUAGUAGCAGUCCUACAGCAGCUGAGCAAGUACCCAUGCAUCUUUGACAGGGAAAACAAGAUACGCCUUCAUAUUACAGAAUGCAAGGCUCUGGCCAAAGUCUUUACUAUACCCUUUAUAGGGACCCCUGAGGCAUGGAAUUUUUGCGUCAGAAGACAAUACCUUCUCCAAGACAUGUGGAAAAAUUUAAAAUCUGCCUCAAACCAAGAUUUCAGGAAGAAGUUAAAGGUGUCUUUUGUGGAUGAGCUGGGGGUGGACCAAGGUGCAGUGUCCCAGGAGCUCUUCAGCAUUGCGGCCAGGACCCUCUGCCAGCCCAGCACCAACAUCUUCUGCCACUCCCCCUCCGGCCUCGUGUGGUUCCCCAGACAGGCCCCAAGCUGUGAGGAUGAGGACAUCUUCCUCUUGAUCGGGACACUAUGUGGAAUGGCCCUGUUUAACCAGCGCACGAUGCCCUUCCCCUUCCCCAGGGCUCUCUACAAAAAGCUGCUGGACGUGGCCCCCACCCUAGAGGACCUUGAGGAUCUGCUGCCAACUGUGGGCCGGAGUUUUCGGAUAAUUUUGAAUGAAGAAAGUGAUAUCUUGGACUUGAACUUCACGAAAAUGGAAGGAGAUUCCAUGGAUGUUGUUGAACUUAAAGAAAAUGGUGCUAACAUUCCUGUCACUAAGGAUAACAGGAAAGAAUAUGUUGAUUUGUACGUGAAUUAUAUGUUCAAUAAAUCAGUACAGAAGCCAUUUGAGGACUUUAUGCAAGGCUUCUUAAGAGGCUGCCCAGCUAGAAAUUGGAAGAUGUUUUUCCCUGAAGAGCUGCAGGAUCUUCUACAAGGACGCACAACAUUUGACUGGUAUCUGCUGGAAAAGAAUGUGAUAUACGUACACUAUGAGAAGUCAGAUCAAACCAUCAGGAAUUUUUGGACUGUGUUUCACAAGCUACCAGAAGAAAAAAAGAAACUGUUUCUUGUUUUUUUGUCAGGAUCCGAUCGCAGCUCUGGCUAUGGAUUGGUACCUUUUAGAUUUCACAUUGCAGAUCCUCAAGUAGAAAAUCCAGAUGAGAGCUCUCCCUUUGCCAGUACUUGCCGCCUGAUUUUGUUCCUCCCCAGAUAUAGCAGUAAAAAAAUACUCAAAAAGAAGUUGCUUUAUGCCAUAGAGCAUAGUGAAGGUUUUGGCCUUGACUAACUCUGGGAUAGAAGCACUUAAAAGCAAAAAUAAGAAUAUGAGUCUUUGUUCAUUUGUCAUAUUUUCUCUUAAUAACUCAAAUUCACUGGUUUCUACCCUGCCUUAUUUCUACUGCACUUCAUAAACACCUGAGUGUGUGUAUUUGCUGAGAUUUUACAUUGCUUAUAAAAUUGAGCUUUGACCGGAUAUUUCAUAGUUAGAUUGUAAAGUUAGGAAAGAUUGAUCCUGUUUGGCACACUUCAGAGUAGCAAGCUGAUAGCCAAGCAUAUUUACAUAUAUGUGCAAGCAGGGUCUGCACUGCUCUGGUUGUGUUAGGACAGUGAGCUCCCAGCAGCAGGGAUUCUGUGAUUUGUACAUUUAUGCAUUAGCAACCACCAGGAUGUGCUAAGCAGUCACCCUUGCAAAACAAAGCUGGGGUAAGGUUUUCAUCUGUGUUACUUAAGGGUUCUCUUGGGAGCAACUAACACAUUUAAUGAGAUUGUGAAAUGAAGGAGCAGUCUGUGCUCACCUGGAUAUGGUCUAUGAUUUAUCUGAGAGAAAUUCGUAGGAGGAUUUGAUAAUUCCUAGACUUUUUCAAAAGCUGUAUUAAUUAAUUAUAAUAAUACAAUUUUUUUAUUAUUUAGUGUGAUAAUUGUGAUAUUUGUCAUGUUUCUUUAUAUCUUCUAAGGAGAUGUUUCACAAUUAAGUCAUAAAAUCUUAGGCUUGCAGAACAUCACUGUCUACAGAGCCCUGUGUACAUGAGGCUGGCAGGGCUUCAGGAAUCUCAUUGUCAAAACAGUGCAGAGCACUGGCAGGAUAUUAACCAUGUCAGGCAGGAUGUGUGUUUACUGUGUAUUUUGCUGUGUGGAGAGAGGGAGAGAAACAACAGCCAUUAUUUUUCAGUAGUCUUCUGUGUGGUGCAUUAAAUGUGUCAGGGAACAUCCAUAUGUAAAGAAGACUUCCACUGUCUUAAAUUAAAUGAUGAUGGAUUAAAUUUUCA